GCCUCUUCGACCACCACUUCGACCGCCACUACCACCACCACUACUUCUACCGCUACCACCAUGCAGUUCAAGCUCUCCUGCCUCAUUGCCCUCGCCGCUGCCUCGGCCGUCCAGGUCCAGGCCCAGGCUACUCCUGGCGCCCAGCUCUGCACCUCCAUUGGCAUGUGUGUCAAGAGCACGACCACCGGCAACUACUGCUACGAUGACAUCAUGCAGAGUGCCCAGUCCCUGGCCACCACAACCGACCCCGCCGCCGCUGCCAAGAUCCUGUGCACCCAGUGCUACCACGAUGUGAUCGUCUGGUUCGAGAGCAACUCCGCGGCCAACCCCACUACCGCAAGCCAGUUCCAGGCCAUGACCACUCAGAUCAACUCGGUCUGCGGUGCCAACUUCCUGAGCAACUCGCCCGCCCCCGCCGCCAGCUCCGCUGCUGCCCCCGCCACCUCCGCCCCUGCCCCCUCCAGCCCUGCUCCCGCCAAAAGCUCGGCCGGCACCUCCAAGCUCUCGCUCGGCGCCGCCCUCAUCGGCGGUGUUGCUCUCGCUGCCACGAUGUUCUAAUCGUCGAUGAAUAUCGAGCCAUCUGCCUCACCCUGUACAUGUUCUAUGAUUGGCAUCGUAAGCCCUCCUAUAUGUCCCAUGUACUUUUAUAUAUCUCUCUGUCAACACAUACAGCAGCUAUUGCUUGCCAAUACAUAUGUU